UUGUCUGGAGUGGAUUCGCAAUAAAAUAAAAAGGCUUUAAUAUUCAACUUAAAGUUGUAGGCACUUAAGGAAUAUGUGAACGGAAUGACAUCGACAACUCUUAAACAGCGUUAAAAUCUAAUUUAUGUCUGUACCUAAGAUAUUGAAGCCUGUGUCCACAGUAGCAUCGAUGGCAGCAAGCUAUUUGCAUUGACAGUGCGAAAUGUGAUCCCAAUUCAUUGUUCAUCUUGUGCUUUUUUCUGAAGUGACUCGCGGUUGUUCGAUGAUGAUGAUGGUUUGGUGACAGAAUGACAGAAGUUGAUGUUGUUACAGGUCUACAAUGGUGUGUGGGCGCGCGCGGGUUGGCGCGCGGGGGGUGCGGGCGAGUGAGCGGCGCGGCGGCGCAUGGCGGCGCCAAUGAGGGAGGGCGCGCCGGCCGGCGGACCUCGCCCCGCGCCCCACCAUCACCCCGCCAAUUUCGAGUACGAUGACAACGAGUGGGACAUCGGCAUCGGCGACCUCAUCAUAGACCUCGAUGCCGACAUAGAGAAGACCGACGAGGCGGGCGGCAUGGCGGCGCGCGCCGAACCUGACGCGCAGCGCACGGCGCUCAAGAUGAAGAUCAAGCGCACCAAGCCCGGCACCAAGAGCUCCGAGGCCAAGCACGAGAUCGUCAAGUCGAACGAAAUGAACGGCGAGCCGAAGGGGACGGCGCUCGCCGCACCGCCCGCCGCCGCUAAGCGCGGCUCCGGCGGCCACCGCCGUGACAAGGCGCGUGACAAGCACCACCACCCGCACCCGCACGCGCCGCAUGCACCCCACGCGUCUCACGCGCCACAUCCGCCGCAUGACGUAAACGGCGUUGCGCGCGUGCCGCCUCCACCCAACGCGCCGGGCCCGCCCGUGACCGCGCCAGCGCCGCCGCCGUCCGCGCCUUCCGCAGCCGACACACGGCCUGCGCCCGCGCCGCGCUCCGACGUCAAACUAAAUGCUCCACCUCCCGCACCCGCGCCUGCGCCACUGCCCCCCCCUGCGCCAGCGCCGCACACGGCGCCCGCAACGCCUAAACCCGAACCCGACGACUCGCGGCAGGAUUCCCAUUCCGCGCAGCCUCCUGCCAAGAAACUAAAAAUGGAACCCAAGGAGACGGCCGAAGUAUGCGUUGGUACUUCGGUGGGGACGAUUACGGAGCCGGACUGUCUGGGGCCCUGCGAGCCUGGUACAUCGGUCACGCUGGAGGGCAUCGUGUGGCACGAAACGGAAGGUGGCGUGCUCGUGGUGAACGUGACGUGGCGGGGGAAGACCUACGUAGGCACUCUUCUCGACUGCACGAGACAUGAUUGGGCGCCGCCACGGUUUUGCGAUUCACCUACAGAAGAAUUAGACGCACGGACGCCAAAAGGUCGCGCGAAACGAGGACGGGGCGCAGCGCCUACGGACAUGACAAAUUUCACAGAGACGCGCUCGUCAGUGCACAGCAAACUGCGUAACGGCGGCGCCAAAGGACGUCGCGCACUUCCAUCUCCCACCCCAUUCACACCCCCAAGACCAGACUCUAAACGAAAACGUACCUCCGAAGCUGAAGAGCGACCGCCAACUCCAAAGGCAAAGCGUCCCCCGCCAACCCCGACCUCUCCACCUCCAGAUCCUGUUCUCCUAGAAUGUCCGGAACCCAAUUGUUCUAAAAAAUAUAAACACGCAAACGGGCUCAAGUAUCACCGGUCACAUGCGCACGGCACGCCUGACGAUGAUUUAGAUAAGGACGGUUCUAGUUCGGAGCAGGAAGAACCAGCAGUUGAGCCUGUGUCCCCUGUGCGACCUCCUUCAGCACCAGCCACCCCUGCAACUCCCGUCAAAUCUCCAACUCCUGCGAAAUCUCCUGAAAUCAAAGAAAAGUCUCCGGAAAAGUCUCCAGAGAAGCCGGAGACGAGUGUAGACUCUCCGAUUCAGCAGAGGUUCCCAGAGGAAUUCCCGGAGACUGCCGAGUCAGCGCCACAGCCGGAACGAACGCCAACACCUCCUGCGUCUGCUACACCUCCCCCAGAAGCACUACCAACGUUACAACCUACACAGUUCAAGGUCAAACCGCGGUCAGCGCUGAUGCCUACCGAGGAGCGCAAGUCGACAGAGUCACCCCCGGACGAGUCGCCUGGCAAGCGGCGCGCGCGGCGGUCGCCUACCCCUGGCGUGCGUUCGCCGGCCUAUUCCGAUAUCUCGGACGACGCGGCUCCUACUGAAGGCGCUCCGGACCCUGAAGGACAUCGACCUUUCCCGGUGUAUCAUCAGUACUACGGACAACCUCCAUAUUUACCACCGGCGCACGCGACUACCGCGCCACCACCCACAGACAAAGGCAAAGAUGACCACAAGGGAGAUCCAAAGGCUGAUCUCAAAGACGUGAAACCCGAAGGAGGUCCACCAAAGGUUCUACCUCAGCAUUUCUAUCCGUACAACUACGUACCAAACUUUCCUUAUAAUGUCGAAGGAGGACCUCCGGGGCCACCUCUAGAUGACAAGAACAAAGAGACUGACCGGUCCAAGACUACACCAAGUCCGCUGGAUAAGAGCAAGCAAAGACUACCUGACGGAAAAGAGAACCCUGCCAGGCCGAAUGAUAAUCAUCAGAUACUGAAAGAGAGUAUUGAAAUGAAAGCUCAGAUGGGUCCAUAUGCCUUCCAACGGCCGCCACAUGCAAGGGAAGAGGAGUUAAGAAGAUACUACAUGACGCUUGAGCAACGCAGGAAAGAAGGCGAAAGACCUCUGGGGGGCCCAGUGGGGCCGGGCGUGGGGGCUGCGGGGGGCGCGGGCGCGGCGGCGGGCGGGGGCCGGCCGCCGCCGCAGCCCGCUCACAAGCCGCCCACCACCAAAGAUUCUAAGGACGACAAACCUAAGGACGAACCUAAGGUGAAACAAGAAGGCCAAAAGCCUACAACAGAAACGCAAGGGCCUCCUCCACCCCCAACAUCGCAGUAUUACCUUCCACCAUAUAUGCAGGCCCCUCACUACGGGGCGCUCCCAUUCGACCCCGUGUACCGCGCUCCCCUUAGCCCCAUGUUGGUGGGAGGCUUCGGCGGCGGCUGGACCGUGCCGAGAUACCAUGCGCCUGAGGAUCUAUCAAGACCUGGAGCGCCGGCCAAGUUAGAUCUGUUGCCACCAGGCCACGGCGCCCAGUACGCGUACGGCGGCGGGCACGGAGGGCCUCACAAGAUCCACGAGCUGCAGGAGCACGCGAAGUCGCCGCAGGGCAAGCCGGCGCCGCGCGGCGACCGCGACCAGCCCAAAGACGCGCCUGCGCGCUCGCCGCCGCCGCAGCGCCACGUGCACACACACCACCACACGCACGUCGGCCUGGGCUACCCGCUCUACCCGCCGCCCUACCCUGCGGCGGCUGUGCUCGCCAGCACGCAAGCGGUCGUCAAUUCCUUCCCGACGCCACCCAAGUGAAAGGACAAACCAGGUUAAAACUGGAAACAUCAAGAGUACAGCCACUUUAACGUGGGCCACGGACACGGUACAAUGAACAGUAGUAAACGUGUCUAUAAAAGCUGGACAUUGGAUAGUGAAGUGACAAUAUGAACGACUGUGUGAAAACUUUGUGUGAAACCUUUGAAACUUAAUCUCUAUGCCAGUAGCCAUAAUUUAAACACUGUGAUCUCGCGUAACCCACAAAUUUUAAAUGUGAUGUGCGCUUUGAAUGUUCUAGAAUGUGUCCGAACCGAUAGUUACCUGAAUCUUUUAUAGUUGAAGAGUGUUGUGUUAUUAAAAGACUCCUGAAUGUCGUGUUCGUUGGUAAAGAGGUGCGUCUGGACUGCAAAGCUCCUCUAUAUGUCUUUGUUUUAUAUGUUUAUUAGUGGAAGCACAAACUAGCUUUGUAAAUAUUAGUUGUAUUACGUGUAAAUUAAUAUACGAUUAUUUAGUUCUCCGUAAGGAUUUUUAAAUGUAAAGAAACAUCGAAUUCUCCGUUUCACCGGGCAUUGUACUGAAGUUUUAAGCCCCGAAAACAAAUUCAAAAUUGUCACCAUAAAACUACCAAACCACCUAGUAAGAAUCUAUUUAUAAAAACAGCAUUCCACAUAACGAAAAGCAAUCGUACCUAGAAAUAAAAGUAAGAUUAAUUAAUUAAUCAAUAAGUAAGUAGCGUAAGUUUGAAGGCGUCAAUGUGAUCAUAACAAUAUGAGUAGCGUGCACAAAUCGUAAUUUGUCUCGAUAUAGUGAGGAUUGACUAAUUAACGUAUAAUGUAGAGCAUCCUAUAGAAUCGUUGAGUGUUUGAACAUCGCUGUACGUGUAUGUCUGGCUUUUAUUGAUAAAUAACUAUAAAUUCUUAUAGUCCGAUAUUCUCGAAUACAAGGGAUUACUGUUUCUGCGGAAUAUCGCUCAAUACUUUUUGUCUGGAUACAUCAAUUUGCUUGUAUUUAUGAGUAGCUUCGCAAACUUCGCAAAGACAAAAGUUUUGAGCGAUUUACUAUUGCACAAUAGUUAUUAUUGCAUUCACGUUCGACAGUUGCAUUUAAAAUGAUUCCCAGCGAUGUGUUCGAAUGGUGAAUCGUAUAAUUUCCAAUUUAGUCUUCCAAUUCUUUUGAAUCCAUAUCUCCUUGCGUUCACUCUGUCUAUUAAGACGCGUUCUCAUCUGCAAAUAGCCUGCAUGCAAGUUUCUAAAUUUAUAUUCGUAACUCAAUGAACACAAUACUAGCAUGCAAGAUUACUUGCAAUGGAACUCGCGAUUAUUUUAAGUUAAAACGAAAACAUCGGUUAGCAAGCUACCUUUUGGCUAAAUAUUCCAAUUGUGAAAAUGUUUUGUUAAGUAAUUGAUUAACGUGACCUAGCUCAUGUGAGCGUGCUUCACAUAUCUGUAGCAUUUAGAAUGGUAAAUAUUUCCUAUGUUUUGGUUACAUUAUAUAAGAAAAUAUACAAUUAUAACCAAAUGUGACCGUUCUUGUUUGUAAUUUGAUAUAAACACUUAAUUUUAUUCAAGCACUAAGUGAUACACGAGUAAAUCGAUAUUACUUUGAUGCUUAUAUUUCUAUUAAAGUUGUAUUUGAAAUAACAAUUUUAUAAUGAGUUUUACAUUUGCCUGCAAAUACUGCCAUAUUUAAUAAAAUAUUCUAAGAACGGAUGUAUUGAAAAAAUAUGUUUUAAAUUAAUUAUUUAUGCACUGAUGAAAUAAGAGGUUGGUAGUGAAAACUCAUUGUGAAGUUGUCAAGCUACAGUAGUGUUGUAUGAUAAUGUGAGUCGACUUGUACCUGUUACAUAAUCAUACCUGUUGCAAAAGAAUGAUAAAUAACUAGUAAACAGUACAUCUGACGGACGCCAAUUCUGAAAUUUAGUAUAGCAUUUCUGUCCAACGAGGAGAACCAUUGUUUUUUUCCUACUUUUUGUUAGUAGUCUAAAUUUUUCUCUGAUUGGAUACUUUCAAUCUAAUAUCUACUAUAACAGUUAUACCUAAGGCGCCACACAGACGCUCUUUUUUACGUGUAGAGUAAUAUAAAUAAUACUAGCCAAAGUCGAUUAGUCGAGGACUUGUCAGCUCGGCACACGAAAUUAGAGCAUCGUCUACGGGCGCGAUAGGGACAUACAUACACAUUGAAAGUUAGUUCAUACAAACAGCACGAUUAGUUAGUAUGACAACGCGAUCCUAACAUCGAAGCGAACUGCAUUCUGUACUAAACGUGCUUUUUGUACGGCCAACCCGUUCAACACCAUGCGCCUUAACCCUUUUUAUGAAUAUAUCCUUUAAUUAACGUGGUAAUGAUAGACCCAAUCAUUAUUAAUAUUUAUUUAUGAUUCUUUUAAAGACCAGGGGCCUAAGUUGAGUAAGAUCGUCAUAUUAUUUUUUUCCUUUUAAAAAGUAUAAUUCAAUAUAAUAUAUAUCAUAUAUACACCCCAGUAACAGAUAUCGUUGAUUUAUUUACACCUUUAACGUGUAUGUGAAUUGUUUAGAAAAAGUGUUAUUAACAUAAGAUAGUUGUUAGAUUUCUUAUUUAUGAGUACUUAACCAGUAAUUUCAGCAAUCAGGGCUCACUUGGACACGGCUAUUAAAUUCACUUGAGUGCCAAAUAAUUUAGUUACUUAACACAACGUGUCUGAACGAAGAGAACUUAGUCGAAUUGUUACUAAAUAAAGUUACUUGUCAGUCGAGUAAACUUUUACUAGCAUUGUCCGAAGUGGGUUUAAUGAGUAAAUUUCAUCGUACAAGUAUUGCAAGCAAUCGUACAUGAGUUUCGGCUGGUUAAGCGCAGUUUUUCUCGACUGUAUUUUAACAAUUUUAACAGUUUUGUCUAAAAGGAGCUAACAUUUUGUCGUUUUAACACAAGAUACGUUUGAAUUUUGAAAAAUCAGUACAUAAUACUGGCACUAAAUCUAAAAACCAGUAGAAAAGCAGAUCGAACUAAUUUGUGAAUUCUGCAGUAAAAGUACAUUUUACCUGUCUUACGCAGGAACGGCAGCGGUGUCGAUAAACAUUUCUAAAUCUUUAGAAGACUAUAGAGUUUAAACGCGCAAUGUGCACGUCAGGAGAUCGAACUGUAAAACGUUUGAUUGUUAAAUUGCAUUAUAAAAUGUCUAGGAAUAGUGUAACUGACUGUAAAGUUCCUUUGAGUUUCAAAAAUUUGUGACCAAAUUCGACAUCAAAAAUGUUAGUUGCUUAAAAAUAUGGAAUAUUUAGACCGUUUUUAGUAUGAGUGUACCAGGAGAGCAUGUGUCGUAAGGUAACAUGAUCUCAGCAGGGAGAAUUACGGAUGCAUAGACUGAUCCUUUUUUUUUGUUUUAAAAUCUCUUUCGAAUAUGCAACAUUACGCUUUCGUUUGUUAUAGAUUAGGGUAUUGUAGAGGUAACGCCGCAUCGAAGCGCAAAUUACACAUGUCGAGUCGCUGCGUCUUGACGAAUUUAUAUCACAAUUCUAAAAUAACUGGAUGUUAUUAACAUAUUUUAUAGGUAGUUUUGACUAACUGAAUAAUGUACAUAUAAACAUGCCAAUUUUGUUUAUAAUAAGAGUAUACUGUACUCUAUUACGAGGAAUAAUUAGAUCGGGUGAAGUUAUUUCGGCGUUAUACGUGUACAAUAACCAAGCUUGUUAAGCAGCCGGUUUCUGUAUAUCAUGCCAUCCGACUCGUUGCGACUCGACAUAAUGUGCGCCUACCUUUAAAGUAACUUUAUUCGUUUGAAGAGUCAUUGAAGCAUGACAGUUGUGUUGUAAAGGUCAUGCUAACAUCUGGAAUCACCUGGGAGUGUGUUUAGGCCUAUAUUUUACGACGAGAUAUUAGACAAUGUGUCGUCCCUUUACUCCGAAUAGACCGUACGAUUUUGACGCAAAAAAGUAAUUUACAUAAUUUGAUUUCGAGUUUCAUGUCCUAUACUAUGAUAUAUAUAAUUAAUUUUCGUCAAAAUUGAAUUUACGUCCAUUAGUGUUGUAAAGGAAAAUAAUAAUACACCAGGCUACGUGUAACAAUGUAUCUACUAAUAGAAGCUCUCUAAGGAAUUGCCGAAUGACACUUUGAAAUUAAUUAUUUGCCUCUUAAUUUUCCAUAUGAACAAAAAUGAUGUAAAAUUACCUUUAAAUGAAUAAAGUUGUUUACACAAGCCAAAAUCAUCAUACCAGUGCCCACAUGGUAUGGAAACAUGAUCAUUGUAUGUAUAAUGUCUGAAUACAUAAUAUAAUAAUGAACAUUUGUGUAUUUUUUUGAUGUAACUAAAGCCAAGUUUGAUUUUUCUUAGAAAAGAAUUCGAGAC